AAUGAGUUAAGAGAAAAAAUCAUUCUUUGAUUUCACAUCCCCUUUUGAAUUGAAAAGACCUAUUGAAAUAUUUAAAAAAUCCUUAAAGGAUCAAUUUUAUAUUCUCAAAAAUAACAAGUUUAAGUUAAAGACUUUAGUACUUCAAAGGAAUUACCUAAUCAAAUUUAGUUCUAAGGUAUCAUACUAUGUUAUAUAUAUAAAAGAAACCAAGCCAAAAGUAUUACAAUAUUACAAAUGCCUUACUAGAAUUGGUGAAUCAUCCACAAAUGGGAACAGGAAUUUCAAUAACUAAAAACGGAGCAAAUUUUACAUUUUAUGGGAUAGUUGAUGAUUGGUACUCCAACUUAAAAAAAUGGUGUAUAUAACCAAACUUUUAGAAAGAGUACUGCAUGAUUAAACUGAUAGGAAAGGGAAGCUUUGCAAAGGUAUAUAAAAAAAUUGAUCAAUUAGGUGUAUAAAAUUUAGAGAUUGAGUGAUAAAAAGGAAUUUGCAGUGAAGCUAUUUGAUAAAACCACUUUUAAAACUCAAGAUAGACCAGCUUUGCUUAAAGAAAUUGAGUUAAUGAGAAUAAUGAACCAUAAAAACGUAGUCACAAUUCUUGAAACUUAUGAAAACGAGCAAUAUAUAUUUAUUGUACAAGAAUUAUUCAAUGGAGGAGAGCUUCAUUAAGAAUUGAAAAAAACUCGAACUUUUUCAGAAUAUGGAGCUUUCAUUGUUAUUUAAUAAGUAAUAGAAGCCUUACAUUAUAUACAUUCUCAUGGUAUAAUUCAUAGAGACAUAAAACCUGAAAAUAUAAUUUUGAGAGAGUAAGGAAUGAUAGAAUAGGUAGUAUUAGCUGAUUUUGGUUUGGCUGAUUACUUUAGAAAGGAUUGCAAAUAUAUGUUUACAAGAUGUGGUACUCCUGGAUUUGUUGCACCAGAAUUAUUGCAAGAUAAAAUUUAUGAUUAUAAAGUUGAUAUAUAUAGUUGUGGAAUACUAUUUUACUAUUUGUUAGUAGGCAAAGGACCAUUUGAUUCAAAUAAUUAUGAUUAGACAGUUAUGGCAAAUUUUAAUGGAUGGGUAGACUUGACAAAAUUUUAAUUUUCAAUUGAAUGUCUUGAUUUAUUAAGAGGAAUGUUGGACCCUAAUCCUUUCAAAAGAUAUUCAAUAGAUCAAAUUCAAUAAAGUUCAUUCUUUAGAAAACAUUAAACAGUUUUCUAACAAAUUGGAAGUUAAAGUAGUCUAUGUAGCAUUCCUUCAUAAGGUGACUCAUCAUCAAUAUCUCCAAAAUAAAGUCCAAAUUUAGAACCAAAAAAGUCCCCUAGCGAUUUAAAAAAUAGAUUUACAAAUUCUUGUGUUUCACCGUUAUAAUCACCAAUUAGAUUAAAUACAACAAGUUUUUCUCCAUUAUCAGCUCCAUUUGGGAAGACACAAAAUUUAUAAAGAAUACCAAUACAAAUAUGAA